UGUCUACUGUCUUUCCGUCAUGUCUCCACGCACACUCGAUCGCAUAUGCCGAACUUCAAGAGGAAUUACUUACUGUACUGUACUGGCCAGUGUGACGGGAAUGGAACCCAUGUCUCUCGACAGCUCACAAGUCCACUUAUCAAUACUCCACCCCCCUCUACUCCUCACACACUGCCCCGCCAGCAUACGGAAACACAACACAAAUCGCCAACCAGCACCCCUCACCCUAUUACCCUCCCCCUGUCGAUGACGUCGGUCUCGAGCUCGAAGUGCCGCAGCACACGGCGCCACAGGGGGAUGGACUUCGGAAAGCGCUGAGCGACCGGCUGGGACCGAUCGGCAGCAGGUGCUUCGGUCGUCCGCAGCACGAUAUUGCCGUACCCAACCCACACGUGGGCAGCGACGGUCUCGUUGAGUCGGAAUCCGCUGACUAUCACAUAGCGAUAGUCCGUCAAAAUCGCAGCAUUCAGAUCGCCCUGGUCAGUGCGAUAGCCGAUAGCGAUGCUCAAAUCCUCACCGAUGUCGUCGGUCAGCAGACGGCCAUAGCGAGGGUCAUCAUGGCCGAUGGGUGCAGUCAGCACCGUAUUGUCGCCCAGCCCCUCUUCAUCCGACCAUUGGGAGAGCAGUGUGCGCAAAGGGAAUGCUGAGAAUGAGGGGAAGAGGAAGGCGUGCCGGCGGAUGACGGGGUCGGUCCGCUUGUAGCCCUCAGCAUAGCGGUGGCUGCCCGGCAGCUCACCCAACGGCACCACACGAAACCACUGAUCGCCGAUCCGAUAGUGUGCGCUGCCGAUCUGCUGCAGCGCCAGGCUGUGUGUGUGGUGUAUGAGCUGCUGUCCGAUGAUCUUGUAGAUGGCCAUGGC